AUGGAUAGGAACUACCCCAGCGCCGGCUUCGGGGAUCCGCUGGGCGCCGGCCCGGGAUGGAGCUACGAGCGCUCGGCCAAGGCCAGCUUGGUGUAUGGUGGAUCCCGAAGCUCGCAUCCAGACACAGAUAUUUUACACCGCCAAGCAUAUGCCGCUCCCCAUCCUCUGCAGGGCUAUGCCACAAACCACCACCCAGCAGGUCUUUCUGGCUUAUUUGAGACUGGGCUCCAUCAUGCCAGUAGUGCCACCCCCGAUGCCUCUGUCAUGAACCUCAUCUCGGCUCUGGAGUCACGGGCACCACAACCAGGCCCUUCUGCUUCUUCCCUGCUGUCCCAGUUCCGCACCCCAUCCUGGCAAACAGCCAUGCACACUCCGGCGCCCGCUGAGCUCUUCAUCUCAGGGGCCCUCCCGGGCUCUGGCACUUUCCCUUCCUCAUCAGCACUCUCUGCUUACCAGCAUCCAGCCUCUUUCAGCGGGCGCAGCUUCCCAGUCACUUCAUCCCUUACCCUCCAGGAUGCUACUUUCAGCCCAACAUCCAAUGGCCUGCUAUCUCCCCAUGAUCCUCUGCUUCACAUCAAAUCCUCUCAGCCCAGUGUUCCUUCAUCCCUCAGCUUUGACCGGAUGGGCAGUGCGGUAUUGAGUACAGGCUUACCCUCUCAGAGCUCAGCAUAUCGUAGUGCUCAAGAAUCGGCUUCCCGUCACCUCCCCUCCCAGUUCAACCUUUUGUCAUCCUCACUGGGUCCAUCUGACCAGACAUCCCAGCUCUACAACACCUCAGUCUUCUCCAGUUCCCCUGCCUCCUCCAUUGAGCGGGCCAUCCCCCGGCAAGAUAGUGUGAUCAAACAUUACCAGAGACCUUCCAGUGCCCAGCCACAGCUGUCUGCUGCCCAUUCUCUCCAGCAUUAUUUGAGCUGCGGGGGCAGCUACCAGCAGAUGCCCCACCGCUCCAGCCUUUCAUGUAGUCCCUUGGGUGAGCAGUCUCCCGCCAGCAGUGAAGGCUCUCAGCAGCAGAAGACCCCACAGGCCACACGACAAGAGCCCUCUCAAAGCUACCAUCCCAUUAUUCAAUCUUCCAGCUAUUCUGGUACCACCUCUUCAAAAUCCAAGAGUUACUCUGCCUCCCGCCAACCACCUCGUUCUACAGCCACACCCAAGUGCCAAAGCAACUACAGUUCAUCCACGCCCAAGCCCAGCUCUGUCAUUGCAAGCCAGUCACAGGCCUAUUCGCCUGGUCAGACUCAGAGUCUCCUUUCCAUGAGCCAAACGCAGAGUUACUCUGUCAGCCAGCCACAAAAUCUCUCUUCAGUUAGCCAGGCCUCACAGGGCUUCAGCAGCAACCAGGCCCAGGACCUCACAAGCGUUAGUAAAACUCAGAGUUAUUCAACCAAUGGGCAGGCUCAGCAGGGCCAAGCUGGGCAAGGAGGACAAGGACUGCAGACUUGUCAAAAUCAGACUUACUCUCCUGAGCAGCUGCAAGGCUUGUCAUCUGUUGGGUACAGUGUUCAGGCUGAGCCCCAUGUUUCUGUCAGCCAGACACCGACCUAUGUACCAGCUCAUUCUCAAAGGAUGCCCACAGCUAGCCCAUCGUUGAGUUACAGCACUGGCCAUUCUCCAGCUAUGCCAGGGCACAGCCAGUCUAUUGGUUACUCCCAUGGGCAGAACCUUCCAGAUUCAAGUCCUUCCCAGAUCAUCCGGCCUCUCCAGUCACCUACCACUAACAGGCCCCAGAGUGUGGCAUCACCUGGCCAGUCCCAGAAGUAUCUCACUUCUGUAUUGUCCCCUUCAUUCAUGCAGACGGCUCACACACAAAGCUACCAGGGUUCCCAGGGUGGGUUAGAGAGAGGACCAUCUUACAGUAAAGCCAAGGCUGACUCGGACCUCCUGUCAUCUGAGCGGACUGAAGAUGAAGAGUUUUUAAUCCAGCACUUGCUGCAGUCACAGAGCCCACCAAGGGUGCCCACAGAAGGCAUGGUAGAGUGUGAGGAGAGGGCAGGGAAAGGGAUGGGCUAUGAGUUGAGCAAGACUGAAGAGCGUUACCACUUGCAAAGUGUAAUUCGGACCAACUCAAAUCUGGACAACCAAGGCCUGGAGAUGUCCUUGCAAAGCUUAAAGGACAAAAAGAAAGGAGAGAGGUCCAAAGAGUACCCCCAUACACACUCAACUCCAGAGUCUUUGACCACCUCUGUGGUCCAUUACAGCCAUCAAGCUGGGUCUAUAGACUCUUAUGGACAAGACAUAAAGAAGUCGGUGGAGCAGCACCUCCAGGGUGGCCACAUGGAUUCUGGCAGUAAGGAAAUAUCUCAGGCCCAUUCUUAUUUGCAGAAGACUCCUGAGCAUGCCUCCCAGCCACAUCCCAUGGAGUCCCAUGGAUUGAUGGCUGGCCAGCAGGGUGCUACCCUGAUGUUGGACUCCCCUCCUGAUUUGCCGCCUCUUUCCCUUUCCCAGCAACAGCAGCAGUCCCAGCUGCUCCAGUCGGUGCUCACUCACACCCAAAGCCAGAUGCACUCUCGUGGGAAGGUUCACACCCCACUGGAAGUCCAUCUUAUGGAGCCUCAGCAUAUGCAUCAGGCUGAAGCACCCUCACCGCAGCUUCAGAUGCAAGCAUUGGAAGCCCACCUCCACCAGGCCCAUGUUCAUUCUCAGAGCAUGGAAGCACAGCUUCUUGAGCCACAGCAGUCCCCUCAGCUCCAAGGCCAGCUGCAGCCAGAAAGGAUACAGUCUGAGGGCAUGGACGUGGUGCCCCAAGGCAACCUUUCCCAGUCCCAAGAGAUCCAGGACUUCUUAGAGCCCGAGCUGAGUUUGGAAUCCCACCUGGGACAGAGUGGGACAGUGCAGAGUCAACAGCAUCUCCUUCCCGAUUCCAGUUUGGAUCCCGACUCCUCUCAGCAAGUUCCUCAAGGCCAACUUCAAGGCAAGGACCAGUUUGAGAGCCCCAGCCCUCAAGAAGCCAAGCAACGGUUUGUUCCCCUCACCUCCAUCUGCUUCCCAGACUCUUUGUUACAAGAUGAAGACCGUAGCUUCUUCCCUGGCAUGGAGGACAUGUUUGGCCCCCCUCCCUGUGCAGGGGAUGAGUUUCCUAAGCCAGAUGAUGGCACACAGGGUAUGGAGAGGGGUGAAGGAAUGAAAGGAGGAGGCUAUGAUAUAAUGCCUGGUGGACAAGGCUACCAGAGUUACUGCCAAUCAGAAAGUGGGGAUGGACAGCACUUGGGGUUAGAGACAGUGUCAGUGAAACACGAGUUGCCUUCUACAGUCAACACAGAACAACUGGGACUGAUUCAGCAAACUGGGACAGCUCCGGUUUCAGAAUCCAAGUCAGGCCUGACCUCACCAAUCUUCUGCUCUUCCAAGCCCAAGAAGCUGCUGAAGACUUCCUCCUUCCAUUUGCUGAAAAAACGGGAACCACCUUUCCAACCUCCCAAAAAGAACUAUGCCCAGGAGUAUGAAUUUGAAGAUGAUGAGGACAAGGAGGAUGUUCCAGCUGACAUCCGCCUUAAUAGCCGCCGCCUGCCUGAUCUGCUACCUGACCUCAUUUCCAGCUGCCGGACAAACCGGACCAGCCUUAGCCCUAUGGGCGACAUAGACUUUUGUGCACCAAACAGCCUCAUGGAGGGGCCCAAGCGGCGAGGCCGCAAGCCCACCAAGCCUAAGCGGGAGGGCCCACCCCGCCCUCGUGGGAGGCCCCGCAUCCGGCCCCUGACUGAACCACCCCAUGGUGUGGCUCAUGAUGGUACCAAGAAGCCCCGCGGCCGGGGAAGAGGGAGGGGCAAGAAAGCCAGGGAGGAGGGGGUUGAGCCAGGUGCAGACUUGGAAUCCCUCAAACCACUCAAGAUCAAACUGCCAGUCCCCAAAGGUUUGGAGGGAUCUUAUUUGGAGGCUCCUACCCCAUCUCACCAGUCCACCCAAGAGAGCAGCUUGGAUAGCAACCAGACAAGAGAGAAGAUCAAACAGAAGAUCAAGGAGGUGGAAGACAAGCAGCCUGAGAUGAAGUCAGGGUUCAUGGCCUCCUUCCUGGACUUCCUGAAGUCAGGCAAGCGCCAGACACUGCCUUCAUCCACCACCUCCUUGGCAACAUCUCGUCCCCCAUUGGCUACAUCCUCGUCCUCCCAGCCCCCAGCCCCCUUUAGCAUGGCACCCCCAAUGCUGCCUGGUGGUUUGGAUGGGCCAGAAGGCGAUCCGGCUGGACUUGUCAUGAGCUGUACCAGCCCCUGCAAACGGCUUGACGAGGAGCUGAAGCGUAACCUGGAGACAUUGCCCUCAUUCUCAUCAGAUGAGGAAGACUCUGUUAGCAAGAACCAGGACCUGCAGAAGAGCAUCUCCUCAGCCAUCUCAGCGCUCUAUGAUCCCACUGAUCGUAAGGAUGGAGAACUCAAUAUGCCACCGGUUGUGGUGAAGGCCUCCAGCCCCACUCCUUCAAUGGCAGCAGAUGCCCAGCAAGAGCAGCCGCCCCCACCCAUCUCUCCAGCCCCCUCACUCAAGGAGCCUCCCCCAGUGCUAGAAGAGCCACCACCACAGGCAUCUCCUGAACCAGAAGACCCCGAGGACACACGGCCUCUUCACCUUGCUAAAAAGCAGGAGACUGCAGCCAUUUGUGGAGAGACAGAUGAGGAGGUGGAGAGUGGUGGUGAGGGGAUCUUCCGAGAGCGGGAUGAGUUUGUCAUACGUGUUGAGGAUGUUCAGGCUCUCAAGCUUGCACUUCAGACUGGGCGGGAACCACCUCCAAUCUGGCGAGUACAGAAAGCUUUGCUUCAAAAGUUUACACCAGAAAUCAAGGAUGGCCAGCGUCAGUUCUGUGCAACCAGCAAUUAUCUGGGCUAUUUUGGUGAUGCCAAGAACCGUUACCAACGACUCUAUGUUAAAUUCUUGGAGAAUAUCAACAAGAAAGAUUAUGUCCGUGUGUGUUCUAAGAAACCUUGGCACCGGCCUCUGCAAGCUGUCAGGAGACAAAGUCAGCCCAAGGCUUCUACCCCCAAGGUUCCAGUGACACCCAAAGUUGAAAAACCUGAGAAGCUGGAAGUCCCAGGGAGAGCUGAGAAACCCCAAAAGCCUAUUAAGGUUGAGAAGCUCCCCAAGGCUGAAAAAAUGGACAAAACAGAGAAUCUUCCCAAAGUGGAGAAAGGACCUAAGCCAGAAAAGCCCCCCAAGGCAGAGAAAUUAGCCAAGGCAGAAAAGCCCCCCAGAGUGGAAAAAGCAGACCCUCCUGUGACCAUGCUCAUGAAAGAUGCCCCAGGCAGCGGAACUUCUAAACCCAAGCCAAAGCCGGCCAAGGUGAAAGCUAAGCCACCCCCCAAGAAGAGGAAAAAAUGGCUCAAGGAAGCAUCUUCUUCAGACUCGGAUUCUAGCCCUGACCAGCAGAGUGAGGAGGAACAUGUCCCCACAGGUCGCAUUCUCAAUACACGAGCUAUGAAGGAGAUGUACCGCAGUUACGUGGAAAUGCUGGUCAGCACUGCCCUUGAUCCAGACAUGAUCCAAGCUCUUGAGGAUACAAACGAUGAACUGUAUCUCCCGCCCAUGAGGAAAAUUGAUGGAAUUUUGAACGAUCAUAAGAAAAAGGUGCUGAAGAGAAUGUCACUGAAUCCAUCACUACAGGAGGCACUCCACAUGUUCCCCCAACUCCAUGCUGAGACAUGUGAUACAACAGUUAAGUUGCGCUCAGGUGGUGAUCCUUACAACCGCAAGACUCUCAACAAACUCAAGAAGAAUGUAUCCAAACCACAGGAAUUCAAUGUGGAAGCAGAGAAGUCCCUUUUCUACACUCUCUACCAUUCCCUUCACCACUACAAAUACCACACCUUUCUGCGUUGUAAGGAUGAGACAAUGGCAAUUGAGAGUCAAAACGAAGACUUGGGCCAGGAGGAGGUGGUGCAGCAGUGCAUGCGCAACCAGCCAUGGCUGGAGAAACUGUUUGACUCCUUCAGCAAAUUGCUGACUCAGGCUCAAAGCAAAUGUGUGUGACACCAUC